AUUUCCAGAUUUCAUUGCACUUGAGAAAGUCUACCAGGAACAGGAAAGAGAACAUCUGAAAAGAAGGGGAUUGCAACACUGUUACAAUGUCUGAACCAACGCACGCUGACAAAGAGAAGAAAAAAACAAUUCCCCCUAGCCUGAGUGGCCGAAGAGCCCUCCCCCCAAACAUCUCUAAUGCUGAAGAAGAUGAGGUCCCUGUCAUGGAGAUGACUGGUUUGGUACCUAGGGGAGUUAACCUGAAAGAUUUUCUGGAAGUUAAGGAAGUUCACAUGUUCAAGAGUGACCAGGAUGUUAACAAGCAGGAGCACCAUACUGACAAGUACUACCACCCUAAGUUGAUUGUACGCCGUGGACAGCCUUUCCUUAUCCAAAUUGACUUCAACCGUCCUUACAAUCCUGAAAAGGACCAGUUCUGGGUGGAAUACCUUAUAGGUCGUUAUCCACAGCAAAACAAAGGCACUUACAUCCCAAUCCCUUUGGUUGAAGAACUGCAAAGCGGGACAUGGGGAGCCAAGAUUACCUGGAAGGAGGACAGUUCCAUUAGACUGUCCAUCAUGUCUGCUCCGACCUGCAUUGUGGGGAAAUUCCGCCUCUAUGUCGCUGUCCUGACUCCCUAUGGCAUCCGCCGGACAAAGAGAAACCCAGAGACUGACACCUACAUACUCUUUAAUCCCUGGUGCCCAGAGGAUUCUGUGUUUCUGGAUGACGAGAAGGAAAGGGAAGAGUAUGUCCUGAAUGACCUUGGAGUUGUUUUCCAUGGAGACAUCAACAAUAUAAAAUCCAGAAGCUGGAAUUAUGGUCAGUUUGAAGAGGGCAUUCUGGACGCUUGCCUACACUUGAUGGAUAGAGCAAAACUAGAUCUCUCUGGGCGGGGGAACCCAGUCAAAAUCAGUCGCAUUGGAUCUGCAGUGAUCAAUGCUAAAGAUGAUGAGGGUGUGGUUGCUGGCAGUUGGGACAAUAUUUAUGCUUAUGGAGUAGCACCGUCAGCCUGGACUGGAAGUGUAGACAUCCUAUUGGAAUAUCAUAGCUCUGGUAUGCCAGUGCGGUACGGUCAGUGCUGGGUCUUUGCUGGAGUCUUCAAUACAUUUUUGAGGUGCAUAGGGAUACCUGGAAGAAUUGUUACCAAUUAUUCCUCUGCCCAUGAUAAUGAUGCCAAUUUACAACUGGAUGUCUUUGUGGAUGAAGAAGGGAAAGUGGACUCCAAACUCACAAAAGACUCAAUCUGGAACUAUCACUGCUGGAACGAGGCAUGGAUGACCAGACCUGAUCUUCCCGUUGGUUUUGGAGGAUGGCAAGUCGUAGAUAGUACUCCUCAAGAAAACAGUGAUGGUAUGUAUAGAUGUGGCCCUGCUUCCGUUCAAGCUAUUAAACAUGGUCAUGUCUGCUUCCAGUUCGAUGCUCCUUUUGUUUUUGCAGAGGUAAAUAGUGAUGUUGUUUACUCAAAAGCAAUGAAAGAUGGGACCAGAGUGAUUGAACACAUUGAUAAGACCCAUAUUGGGAAAUUAAUCUUGACCAAGGAAAUUGGGAGUGAUAGAACCAAGGACAUUACUGAGCAGUACAAGUUCCAGGAAGGCACAGAAGAAGAGAGACUGGCCCUUGAGACAGCUCUGAUGUAUGGUGUUAAAAAGCAGGCUACCCAGGAUACUAUGGAGCCGGCAGGGACCGAUGUCGACAUGGACUUUCAAGUGGAAAAUGCAACACUUGGCAGUGACUUCAAAGUCACUGUAACUUUCAGAAACAACAGCCACAACCGUUACACUGCAACAGUCUAUCUGUCUGGCAAUAUUGUGUUUUAUACGGGUGUCAUGAAGAAUGAAUUCAAGAAUCAUACUUUUGAUGUGACACUGGAACCCUUGGCAUCUAAAAUUUCUGAGGUCUUAAUCAAAUCGGGGGAGUACAUGAGUCAGCUGCUGGAACAGGCCUCUUUGCAUUUCUUCGUCACAGCACGUCUCAAUGAAACGAAAAAGAUUCUGGCCAAGCAGAAGACCUCUGUACUGCAAAUCCCCAAGCUGCACAUCAAGGUUCCUGGAGAGAAGGUAGUUGGUAAGGAAAUGUCUGUGAUAAUAGAAUUCACCAACCCACUGAACCAAAAGCUUGUGAAUGUCUUGGUACGUCUCGAUGGACCUGGCCUACUGAGGACAACCACAAAAAUGUUCAGGGAAAUUCCAAAGAAUUCUACUUUGACCUGGGAAGAAAAAUGUUUUCCAAGACAAGCUGGAGUUCGAAAGCUAAUUGCAAGCCUGAAUUGUGAUGCCCUACGACAUGUCUAUGGCGAGCUGGACCUAGAGGUUGAAAGGAAACCACUUGUGUGAACAAGAUUGUCUUCUUCAGCCUUUCAUUUAUCAGUGUUUUAUAAGGGAAAAAAUUUGAAGAAAUAUUUUCAGCUCUCAUUGUCCUAUCUCCGAAUAAAUGUACAUGUCAAUGAAGCAAAGUAACAGAAAACACCAGGAAGGGUUGGGAAUGCAUUUAUCGGGUUAUGAGUGUUCCAAAUUAAGAUAAUACUAGUUAAAGGCAACUUCAGGCCAUCUUACUCUUAUAGUUCACAUGAAUGUAUACCCCUUUGCAUUGGUACUGGGAGGGAGAAGGUUCCAUUCUCCAAAACACUUUGAACUUUAGUUUUAAUUAGGGCUUCAUAUUUCACUGAACAAAAAAAAAAUUAUACAUUCUUAUGGUAAAACAUGGUUUAUGUACCUUAACGGGUUGUUUUAUCUUGUGGUGUUAAAGUUUUCAAAUUCACAGAGCAGCUCACUUUGUUGAAAGGAUUGAUCAGGGUUUGGUACCUCAAGGCUGCUCCCAAUUAGCACUCUGCUAUGCCCUCCCAUACAUACAGACACUGGCUUCUUGCUUUGUAUUUACCCCACUCUGUACGCUGCUAGUGCACCGUCCCUCUUGUUUGUCCCUAGGCUACCAUAUCUCUGCCCAGGGAUCACUGCACCAAGCCCCCAGUUUAUUAGUCCUAACCUUUAAACUGUGUUCCAAGGCUUCUGUCUUGCCACACCUACCAUCUCUCCUUCCCCACACUUAGUAGGGGGCCUUAUUAUUCCUUAGUUCCAUGUGUGUAUAGGAGACAGCCACUGCUGACAGAAGGUGUUCCAUGUACCUUUAUGGAGUUCAGGCUGCACAGACCUGGAAAGUGGGCAAAUAGGGAUAAAAAGGUGUAGACAGGCAGCAGGCUGGGAGUCUCUGGAUUCUACCCCUCCCAAACCCACAAAGGGGGUGCAAAUGAAUCCGUCCCCUCUGUGCUGUGGAACCUUUAGGGAUGGUUCAAGAAGCAGCUGUGAUCAAGUGGGCUUCUGGUAUCUCGGUUUUUGCAGGAGCAGCAUUCUUGAUUAGCGAAUAGGAGCCAGUGGGGCUGGGCAUGGCAGAUGCCUCUUAAGUUUUGGGAGUGCUCCCAAUGAAGAUUGGCACAGAUCUCUGGGUAUUCCCAGGGUAAGAGGAUGGAAUCAUAGUUUCUUCCAGGGGGAGGGUACAGCCACCUCCCCUGAGAGAAGGGUGAGAUGGAAACUCCACAACCUGACUUCAGCAUCCCCUCUCCUUUACAAAUUAUUCCUGCAUAAGGAAGAAUGGGACCCCAGGCAUCCCAUUUCUAAGACUGAUCCUACCCAUAGCUGUUCCUGACAUUUCUAUUGAUUCCAGUCUCACUGUUCGUCUUGCACCACUGCUACUCAACUGAAAAGGAAGUACUCCCCGAUGCAUUCUGGGCAAUGGUGUGGCUCUCAGUGAUGUUGAUGCAGGGCCGGCUCUACUAUUUUUGCCGCC